GCUUCCAGUAAUGUAAGACCUUCUAAAUAAUUAUUCUGGUCAAGCUUCAAGAUGGCGAGUGGAUCCAACAAGGAAGUAAAGGCAUGGUUGAAAAGUGCCCGAGAAGCUAUCAAAAAUAAAGAAUACAAAGAUGCAUUGAGGCACUGCAAGGCUGUCUUAAAACUGGAAAAGACCAACUACAAUGCAUUUGUAUUUAUUGGGAAGGCGGCAACAGAAAUGGACCAGUUGGACCAGGCCAGAAUGGCAUAUAAAAAGGCAACUGAAAAUGAUCCGAACCAGUUACUUGCUUGGCAGGGUUUGUGCGACCUCUGCGAGAGGACCCACACAGAAGAAAACAAAGCUACAAUAGAGGAAGCCUACGAAAAAAUGGCUAGUAUUCUGAUCAACAGCGACAAGGCAAAGUGGUUGAUUGUAGCUCAGAAACAAGUCAAAUUCUAUGAAAUGAUUAAUGACCUAAAGAAGGUUGUCAGUGUUAUUGUGGACAUUUUGGAAGCAGAUUUUCUGGAGAAUAAUUCAGCCAAGUUGCCAUACUGGACAAAGGUUGCAUCAAUCUUAGCCAAUCAGCAAAAGUUAUCAGCGGAUGAAGAAGUAUUGCUUGAAAGAGCAUACACAAACCUGCUUGAGAUGAUUGAAGAUGAAUCAAGUUUGGAAGAGACCUUUGUUAAAUUUGUGGAUCUUUUAAAAAAGAAACAUGACAGUGACCAGCAGGUUCUUGAGGUGAGUCAGAAAAUGCAGACAAGAUUACCCUCAUCCAUUCAGCCACUGCAGGCCUUAGUUCAAGUGUACCUAACUCAAAAUGUCUGUAUUCCUGAGGCUAUUGAAGCUUUUCAGCAGCUUGAGACAAUGGAGGAAAAGAUUGGAUUAGCAAGCCUAGGGCUAGGUAAAAUAAAACUAGAAGACAAGAAGUACAUUGAAGCUAAAGUUUUAUUGGAAAAAGGCGUAAAAGCAGAGCCUGGUAAUAUUCAUGGCUGGUUGUAUAUCAGUAAAGCAAAACUAGCCAUUCAUGAUAAUGAUGGAGUUGAAAAGGCCACACAGAAAGGAUUGAAGCUUUUAAAGAGGAGUGCGAGAUGGCAUCAUUUGAAGGAGCUAUUUUUGUUUUUGAGGGAAAAAUCAAUGGUUGAUCGUGCGACACAUACUGCAGUAUCAGAGGCUAUAGACACAUUCAAAGAGUUGCAGAACGCAGAUAGUUUGAAGGUAGAAUGUACACAAUGUUUGGUAGAGUCAUACUGUGUGCUAGGCCAACUGGAUGAGGCUCAGAAGUAUUGCAAAGAACUUUUGGCCUUAUAUUCAAAUAAUGUAUUGACCAAUGCUCUGACCGGCUGGAUUGCUGGACUUCAAGGAAAAUAUGAUGAGGCAGAAAAAAUGCUUUCAGAAGCAAUCACUAACCAGCCAGAUAAUGCCAGGCUAUUCUUUUGGCUUGGAAGAGUGCAAUGGGAUUCUGGAGAGAAGGCUAGGAUGGACAGGUCCAAGUGUCUUAGUAAUUUCAUGAAGGCAGCAAAGCUUGAUCCAUACAACUCAGGAGUCUUCCAGUAUCUUGGACAUUAUUACCAUCAGAUUGCAAACGAUAACAGGAGAGCCAAAAGUUGUUUUAAGAAAUCAUUUGACUUAAACAUUGAUAAUGCAGAAUCUGGCACAGCAUUUGCUGAUCUUUGCAUAGCAACAGCAGAUGAGGAAUCGGCACUUAGUAUGUUGAAGUCGGUGACAUCACAAGCUGCAGCUGGUACAGCAAAGUGGGCGUGGCUUAGACUGGGUCUGUAUCAGCUCAAAAAUAAUGAUGCAGGAAAAGCUGUCACAAGUUUUCAGGCUGCACUUAGAGCUGAUACUAAAGAUAGCCGUUGCUGGGAGUGUAUGGGAGAAGCAUACCAGUGUAGAGGGAGCUAUACUGCUGCAUUGAAGGCAUUUACAAGAGCUCUUGAGCUUGAUGGAGCUUCUGUGUAUUGUCAGUACCAGAUUGCCUCAAUAAAACAAACCCUAGGGCAGUACACUGAUGCUGUAAGUGAUUACUGUGCUAUCCUAAGUAAGCAGGAGGGCUAUAUACCAGCCCUCAAAGGUCUUGGUGAAACAUAUCUCCUUCUUGCCAAAGAUUCAUUGGUGGACUUUUUGAAUGGAAGAGCUGUAGAUUAUGUUUGCAAGUCAAUUACAACCUUGCAAUGUGCAAUAUCUUUACGUCCUGAUCUGAGUUGUUUAUGGAAAUUGCUAGGUGACAGCUGCACUAUUCUCCAUCCUCUUGAUCCGGAGCUUGUAAGCGUUCACAUCCCAGCUGUGCUCAAAGAUGGCACUGCGGAAUCCAACAGUCUGGUGCAUGUUGGGAAGAAGGAACUAUUAGCCAUAGGAGCACGAUGCUAUGGAAAGGCCCUACAGUUGCUGCCGGACUGUGCUAGCCUCUGGCAUGAUCUUGGAAGCAACUACCUCAGGCAGGCUCAGUGUAACACAGACGAAGCAACUGCAUUAGGGAACAAGGCUGUACAGUGUUUAAAAAAGGCUGUAUCAUUGGACAGCUCUAACAAUUCCCAUUGGAAUGCCCUGGGGACAGCGUGUUCAGCCAAAGAAAUUGAUUUACCAAAACUUGCUCAACAUGCCCUCAUCAAAGCCAUUCAAAUUGAAGAAAAUGACGUUGUAGCCUGGACCAACCUUGGAGCACUUUAUCUUAAACAUGAUGACAUUAAAAUGGCACAUCAAGCAUUUAAGAAAUCACAGUCUAUCAACCCAGACUACGUACAGUGCUGGAUUGGCCAGGCUCACAUAGCUGAGAGCAUUCAGGAUCAUGAGACCAUGGACUUGUUUCGACACACCUGUGAACUGGGAUCACAUAUUGAGGGCACAAUUGGGUAUGGUCAUUGGGUUUGCAAGACUCUGUUAGAUGGUGAUGUUGAUGUGACCUCUGAACACUACAAGUAUAGCAUUGAACAGAUGAAUGCAGUGUCAACUUCAUCAUUGGCAGUGUCAAAGUUCACAGACCGUGUUCGUGACAAUGCUUGCUCAUACAACAUGCUUGGGUUAUUGAUGGAGAGACAGGGCCUACACCAGCAAUCGAUGAAGGCCUUCAAAAGAUCAAUUGAUUUACUCAGUGACAACGACUCAAGUGACUUGCUGAACAAAGCAAGAGCUAAUUAUGCACGAUCUUUGUGCAUGAAUAAGCAAUAUAAUGAAUCAUUAUUGGAGUAUCGGAUGAUUUUACCAUUGAUAGUGUUUGAGGAUGUGUGUGGCCUAGCCCUAGCCCUCUACAAAGCAGGAAGAUAUGAUGAGAGCUACCAAGCUUAUGAACAAGCACUUCAAUUAACUGAUAACGUAGAAGACAAAGGCCAUGUGUUGUGUGCUAUGGGAAUGGUAACACAAAGUCCAGAACAGGCAAAGACUGUUCUGUUUCAGUGUUCUCAACUCUCUCCACCAUCAGUGGAUGGUCUUCUGGCUUUGUGUGCGCUUGCAAUAACUCACAAGGAUGUCGAAUUAGCAUCUGCUGCCCUCACAGAGCUGUUGAAGUUUGCCAAUGAUCCUAAGAUGGUGGAGGAUGUAUGUUUCAUGGCUGCUUGUGUGUCUGCAUUGCAGGGUCAAGGAAAAUUGGCUUACCAGCAAAUAUCAAAAGCAGUUCACAGGCAUCCAUCAAAUGCUAAACUUUGGAAUAAAUUAUCUCAUUUUCUGCUUCAACUCUCUCCUGAUAAAUCCAAGGCAGCUGCAAGAUGUAGCAAGAUUGCUUCAAAUCAAGGAUUUGAUUCCUCAAAGGACUUGUCUAUACAUAUGGCUACAGCUAUGUUGUUUAGUGGGCAGCAUGUGAAGAAGCUGGACAGAAGCUGUUUGAUAUCGGCACAGAAGAGUGUUCAUCUUUAUCCAGAAAAUACAGCAGCAUGGACUGUACUCUCAGCAAGUCAGCUAGCUGAGGCAAUCCUUCAUGGUGGCAAUACAGACGGUCUUACAUCUAGGUUGGCACAGUUCAUUCUGCAAUGUGCCGAGUCAGACUGUGAUGUCACACUGCAGCAGUGGAGUGCGCUUCACUUGGCCUCUGCCUUUAUCCAAGAUGGCCACUAUCAGGAAGCACGUACAUUUUGUCAGAAUGCACAGGAGGCCAUGACAUCUGACCCAGUGGUUUCAAGCAUAUUCAAUCGCUUGGAAGUUCAGGCAGUACUGAUCACCAAACCUAAGCAAGAUAUCUCAGAAACAGAUGUUGAAAUACUCAAAAAAUGUGUCCUGGGUGAUGCUAAUAAAGCUUUGGUGUGGCAGAUUCUAGCCCAGCUUUAUGAGGAACAGUGCAUUAUGGAUGCAGCUGAAGGCUGCUACAGCCAGGCUCUGAUAUGUGCCACUGUCGACAAAGCAGUACCCUUAGUGAGGCUAGCAGUUCUAGCCCUACAUAAUGCUCUUCAGGGAAGUGAUGCUAGAGAGCACUGGGUUAGCCUACUGUUGGAGGCCACUUCAGAGGCUCUGAAGAUUGAUGAGAAGUGUUCUGUGGCCUGGCUGAUACAGGGAUGCCUGCAUUAUCACACUGGUGAACCAAGGCAAGCCAAAUGGUGCUUCCAACAAGCUAAGGAGUGCACAGACAACAAGGCUUCAGUAGAGGCAAAGGUUGCACGUUUUUAUUUAACCAAGCUGUUAAUUGCUAAGGGAAAUAAAGAUGCAGCACAGGCAAUAAUUGAAGAAGCAAGCAUUCAAGAAGAUGACACAAUUUCAGAACUAAUGCAACUUUUGAAUCAAGCAGUUUAAUGGACCAUUUUCCAAGCCUGACCGUGGAUAUAAGUUCACAUUCUGAUUGGUCAUUUAAUAAUUCUGGAAACGUGUAUAUGUUGGCCUCUUUCAGUCAGCUUUGCUGUGAGAGCCCCCUCGUGAAAUAUUGUUGAAUA